GAGCUGGGGCAGUCGGGCAGAGCGUCUCUCGCUGCGGCUCUGCUUACUUCUAUUGUCGGUUGGCUGCCCCUCUGCGCCUAUUUUCUCCCCUGUCCCGCACAAGGAUACAAAGAGAGCAGACGGUGGCAUGAGAGCAACGAAGAAAAGGGGGAGCCAGGGAUCUGGACUCGGAUACCGCUUCAUGUACUAGCUUGUUUUCUACGGACUGGAUCCGGAGCUUCGCCCGAUGUACACACUGGAUUUUGAUCCGCAAAGAGUGUCGCGAACGGGGGGAGAGGGUUGGAGUUUAUUGUGCAGGACUGUCCGGGUUUAGCAGGAGGACAUGGAUAAAACUUUGCACAUUCUCCAGAAAUCCGCAGACCAUGUGCCUGCUGGGAUCCCUCUGGAUGUGAGUCUGAAUAUGGACGAAGGAGAGGAUUUCACGGAACAACCGAUCGUGGGGCUUUCGGACAAAAUACCUCUGGUGAAACCUUAUUUUAGGAAAAAACAGAGAAAGUUGGACGCGAAAUCCAUCCAACGCGCCCUGGACCCGAUACUGAGUAGCUUGUUGAGCUCAGAUACUCUGGUGUCCGGGGAUGAGGUGUUUGUCCCCCGCAGUCAGCCUGGCAGGACUCCGGGCACUCUGUGCGCGGCGGCGGUGGUGAAGCAGAGCUGUGUGGGGCAAGUGUGCCUUAAAGACCCCGGAGCCGCAGAAGAUGCCAACCGGGACGUAGAUGUGGACAUAGCUGAUACUACUGCGGAGCUAGAGGAAACCGAGAGACCCCAGCUGAAAGGGAGCACAGAGACAAUCAGCCCCCCAGAAAGGGAUAUACCCCCCAUAGUCGCACCCCAGGCUCCCCAUCAGGAGGGGACCAUCUUAAAAAACAAAGACCUACUAACCUCUGGCACUAAAAGCGUCCCAGUGAAGGACUCCUCUACAACCCAGGACCCCCACUCCCAGCUCCUGCAGCCAGACAAAGGGGUCCUGUUUCAGAAUAAAAGCGAAGAGGCCUCCCUGGAUCUGGUGUUUGAGCUGCUCACUCAGCUCCAGUAUCACACGCACCAGUCGGACUCUGUAGACAUCUGUGUGGAUUUCCUCCAGGGACGGUGUGUUUUUGGGAACGACUGUGCCCACCACCACACCGUCUUGCCCUACCACUGGCAGAUCCGCAGGAGCAGCACCCAGACAUGGCAGAGCAUAGCAGACGAUGCCCAGGAGCAGCUGGAGAGACUGUACUGCAACCCAGACCAGGAGCAAGUCAGACUCAAAUAUCAGGGCCGGGUGUUUCUGCUGGAAUUUGCCACGAUGCGAGUGUGCGACCUGGAGUUCGACUGCGUCCGACGGCUGACCACCCCCCCUUGCCCUCUCCCCGUUCCUACGGCUAACCCAAACUCUGCCCCGAGUUGUCACACGGUGUGGAAGUACUACUGCAGAGACAACUUUGGCUGGAGGGAGUACUCUGAGCCGGUAGUGAAGCUCAUUGAGGAGGCAAGUUCGAGGGGUCUUAAGGAGGUCCGAUUCAUCACGCUGCAGAACCAGUAUAUCCUCAACAUCAAGGAGGGCUUCCAGCAGAACGCCGUCUUCGGCUUCAGACGACAGAUCAAGAAGCGACCCAUGUUUAUGUCGUCUGUGAUCCUCACUCCACACCUCCAGACUUUGGGCGCCCUUUCUUUACCCGCUCUCCCCUCCUCGUCGGCAACUGCAUCCACGCCCAUGGACGUCUCCGCGUCUCACCCCCUCUCUCCGACCUCCACCAACCCGCCAAGCCUUUUCCCAGAGACAUGGCUGCCAAUGACCAUGAGCCAGGAUUUCUUGCGGGUCCCUGUGUCCCGCGAAGACCGCAGCUACAGGACGGUGUACAGCCUGUUCCACAAGACGGUGUCGGAAACCAAGUUCAGGAUCAUCAAGAUCCAGCGGGUCCAGAACCCCUUCCUCUGGGAGAAAUAUAAGAGGAAGAAGGAGUACAUGUCACGCCGCAUGUCAGAGAUGGACCGGCUGCUGAGCGAGCGCCACCUCUUCCACGGCACCUCGGCCGACGUGGUGGAGGGCAUCUGCAAGCACAACUUUGACCCGCGGGUCUGCGGCAAGCACGCCACCAUGUUUGGCCAGGGCUCCUACUUCGCUCGCAGGGCCUUCUACUCCCACAACUUCUCCAAGCGCUCACCCAAAGGCAUCCACUGCAUGUUUCUGGCUAAAGUUCUCACUGGCAGGUACACCGUAGGAAACUCCUCCAUGCGCAGGCCUCCCCCCAUCAAUCCCCGGGACCCCUCCAGUGACCUUUAUGACUCCUGUGUGGACAACUGGGUGGACCCCCAGAUUUAUGUCAUUUUCAACGACGACCAGAGUUACCCUUAUUUUAUCAUUCACUACGAGGAGGUACCCAACACAGUCGCCAUUUAAGUCCUGCAUCAGAACCUUUGGUGUCUGUACCUGCCAAAGCUUGGAUUCGCGGUCUGCACGUUUUCCGUUAAGGUGACGGAUGGACUGGGGUUAUUACUACGUUAUAAAAGGACCCAUUAAAACCAAAACGGUCCAACCCUCCCCUCCGGAGUGACACGGUCCCACACCCCCCAUCUCAAAACAUCUGGAGAGCAGACUAAGAGAAGCUUGCAGAGGUCGGGCAAUUCAGGACGAUUGUCAACUGGAUUCAGUCGAACUGGACUGCGUUAGACCAGAUCGAAGUGGACCGAACUGGAUUAGCAGAGGACAGCCGGCGUCUGUGUUCAGACUGAGUGGACUUACCGCUACUAAUGAAUCAGGAUCCCAUGGAUGUUCAUUGCUGAGCCAAAGCAGAGUUGAUUUGUUUUUCUUGCUUUGGAGCAGAUGCAGAAUAGAAGAACUUUUCCAUUAUUAUUUAGGCUUAAUGUGUACGUGAACUUGUUCAGAGGACAAAACACUGUCGGAGACGGUUAAUAUCCUGCCUGUACUGUGAAUGACCAGCUAGUGAAAUUCUGACGUUAAAAAUCGGAACUCAGCCAAUCAGAGGCCUCCGUAGAGAAACCAUAGAUACUUUCAUCCAGCCUCCUACCCAUACAUGUUUUAUUUAAACUCUGUGCUGCGUGUUUGAACCUCUUAAGCUAGUGGACAUUGAUCUUGUGGCCUAUUCAUCCUGACAAUGGAGAUGAGUUUCACUGUAAACCUCCUGGAAGAGGAUUCCCAUCAAGCUGCUCCCAGUCACCCCCCCCUGCUGCACUCUGGUCCCUGUCUGCAGGUUGACUGCAGGGUGAUGCCUGGACUCUAAGCUGCUGCAGUUGGGCUGUGCUGUAGCUUUCUGUCAUCAAAUCAGCUAAAGCU